GUUAGAAGACACCCGAUUCUUUUAUGAAUCAUGUGAUUUUGUGUUGGUGACGUGGAAAACUCACUUGGCAAAUGUUUUAGACAAGGAUUGGGCACAGAGCGUGUGGGCGCGUACAUCCUACAUGCAACCACGUGCCUUUUCCUGUCACCGUUGGAUCAGACCUCAACGGCCAUGAUCCUCCGACAAGUCCUCGAGAACAACGUGUUUAGCAUCGGAAAACAAGUACAUGGUAUAUACAACUAAAGGAGAUCUUAAUCAAAUAAAACUACAACUUUGAUAAAUGUUUUUAAUCUUUUACGAUUUCUUGGAAGGGUGAAGAUUAAAACAUUUACCAAUCCUUGUGGCAGCGUAAACCGAUUUUCCGAGGCGGACCAUAAAAAAAGAGAAGAACAGAAAAAAGCAAUAAUGGCGGUGGCAGACGGUGUUUGUCGCGGCGGAAACGUUUGCCUCCGGCGCCACGAUUCUUCCAAUCUUUUCAACUUCCAUAAUCAGAAUGCUCGCCCACGUUGUUUCAUGGUCUCAGGUUCACAAUCGUCAUCGGGAUCAAGAAAAGAAAAGAUGCUGGCGUCGUCUAAGGUAAGAGUAAGCCUUCUUCAACCAUUGUUGAAACAAGAAAAGACGAGAGGGAAGGAAUUUUCGUACGAGAAAAUAGACGAGUGGAUGAGAGAUUCGGUGGCUGAAAUCGUGAAGAGGUUGCCGGAAUCUCCUUUAUUGGUCGAGGUGUUCUCCGACGUAAAAAAUAACACCACGAGAACAAGGACGGAAAAAACGGAGGAAGAUAAGUGGGGUUUGGUGAAACAAAAGUGGGAGAAAGGGGAGAGUCCAAUGCCUGAUGGGCUGAUUUUUGUCGAACAAAUACAACAAGGAGAAGAAGAAGAGGAAGGGAAGGAGGAGGUUUGUAAUACAAGGGCAUGGGGGAUAGUAGUGCAGGGCAUUGGGGCGGCUGCUCCAGCGUGUUAUUUGUUGAAGACGAGUAAAGUGGGUUCAGGGUUUGGGAUAAGUUGCACCCACUUUUGCUUGGUUAGGGUUAAGAGUUUCAGGGAAACUGCUUUCUCACAGCUCCAGAGUUGUUGGCUGUUGCAGCAGGCGAUCCUUGAAGACAAUGAAACAUGAGCAUAUCUGAUUUCUAUUUUCUUGAUGAUGAGAACUGGUAUUAUGGGAAACGGGCCCCUUUGAUUAUGUUAAGUAUUCACAAUUGAUGUAGAAUAUAGGAAUUCAGAAUUCAGAAUUCAGAAUUUUCCCUACUCACAUUUCUUUUAUAA